GCCCGGAGGGGUCGUGGCGGGGGGACGGGGCGAGGGGGGACGGGCCGGGCCGGGGGCGCCACCGGCGGGAGCGGAGCGGAGCCGCCGCUGCGGCACUUUCGGCCCCGGGAACGCGAAUCGGCGGCGAGGGGGCGGCUGCGGAGCGACCCCCGAGCCCGUGCGGGGCCAUGGAAGCCCCCCCCGUGAGUGUCCUGCGGCUGCCUCGAGGCCCCGACGGCUCCGGCCGCGGCUUCAGCCCCGACUGGCCCCGUGUGCAGGCGCCGUGUGGGGCUGGGGCUGGGGCUCAGGCUGGGGCUCAGGCUGGGGCUGGGGCUCAGGCUGGGGCUGGGGCUGGGGCUCAGGGCGCUCGGGCGGCGCUGCGGCGGCGCUUCCUGCGGGGGCUGGCGCUGGGGGGCGGCCGCCCGGCGCAGUUCUGGCUGCGGGGGGGAGGGGGCUGCGUGGCGGCCGUGCUGGGGGCCGUGGAUGUGGGAGCUGUGGCUGUGCAGGUGGAUUCUUUGCAGACCCCUCUGGGGGUGCAGGAGGCUGCUCUGCUGCGUUGGCAGGAUUUGGUGGCUUAUUCUUUCCUCCUGCCUCCGGGGCGGGUGUGAAGGGGUUAAAACAGCCCUCAGCCACCUCCCAACCCAACCCCCCCACCCCCAAACUUCAGCUGAUCCGGGGUGGGAGGGGUUAAACAUCCCUCUCCCCCCCCCCAUCUGAUCUGGGUGGGAUGGGGUUAAACACCCCCCCAUCUCAUCUGAUCCAGCGUGGAGGGGGUUAAACAUCCCCCCCACACUCCAUCUGAUCCAGGGUGAAGGGGGUUAAAAACACCCCAAGCCCCCCAGUUCAUCUGAUCUGGGAUGCAAGGGGUUAACCCCCCCCCCCAAAAUCUGAUCUGGGAUGGAAGGGGUUAAACCCCCCCCCCAAAAUCUGAUCUGGGAUGGAAGGGGUUAACCCCCCCCCCAAUCUGAUCUGGGAUGGAAGGGGUUAACCCCCCCCCCCCCAAAAUCUGAUCUGGGAUGGAAGGGGUUAACCCCCCCCCAAAUCUGAUCUGGGAUGGAAGGGGUUAACCCCCCCCCCCCAAAAUCUGAUCUGGGAUGGAAGGGGUUAACCCCCCCCCCCGUAAUUUGGGGGGGUCCUGCAGACACCAGCCCCCCCCCAAUGAUCUCUGUGGUGAUGAAGGGGUUAAACAUCCCCCAGUAUGAUUUUGGGGGGACCCUGAGGGGGCUGCACACACCAGACCCCCCCCCCCCAAAUGAUCUCUAUGGCGAGGAAAGGGUUAACCCCCCCCCCCCCCCCGUGUGAUUUUGGGGGGGCUGCAGACACCAGACCCCCCCCAAAUGAUCUGUGUGGUGAUGAAGGGGUUAAACCCCCCCCCCACUGUAAUUUGGGGGGGCUGCAGACACCAGACCCCCCCCCAAUGAUCUCUGUGGUGAUGAAGGGGUUAACCCCCCCCCCCCAGUGUGAUUUUGGGGGGUCCCCAGCAAUAAACCCCCCCAGACCCCU